GGAGUGGGCUCAAUGCCUCGGCUAAGCAAUCGUUGUAUAUAAAACACCUUUAGUCUUUUGUCUAUGAUGCGAUAUAUAGGGAUGUACAAUAUGCUAUGUGAAAAUACUAUAAUAUCGCGACUGCUAAAUUCUUUAUAGGUACAUUUCACAUUUGCUAUGCAUGGAUUUCUCAACAGUGAUAUAAAAUAUACAAACUACAUUCUAACCGAUUUAAAUAUAAUAAGAUUACGAUAAAUAUCAUAUAAGUUAUACAUACACAAAUCAAGCCGGUAAUCAUAAAAUGGGGUGGCCGUAAAGCCGUAAUAUCAGAAUGCAAUUACAAUUUGCAAAUCUUACACCCACUUCUUGUACGAACUCUUAAUAUAGUUUAAGAGAAACCGUAUGAUGACACGUGAUUAUCCUAUCAACCUUAAAGUGGUUCAUCGUCAUUGAGUAAUUGGGAUUGUUUCUGGUUGCACAAAUUUUUUUUUGUUGAAUGUGGGAGUUCUUUAAAACAGCAUGAUUUUACUACGGCGGGAAGGGUAGAUUAAGGUGACAUUUAUUUAAGUGUCUCAAAAGCAUCAGACUUAAUUAUAUUUUUGUGAGAUAUAUAUAUUUUUUAAAUGAACUGUCUGUUACUAAUGUGAAUACCAGGCUCAGUAUCCUAGUAUGUUAUAGCAUGGUACAGCACUACCUAUUCAAUGUCAAACGUCUUUUUUUUAGGCUGUUAUGUCAAAACGUAGUGUCAAAAUUCGCUUCGUAUCAGGAAGCCGCUUCAUAACUCAAAAGUUUAUGCGGACUUUUGAGUUAAUUCGUUUGGGGUUCGGAGUAGGAGUCUACUCCGAGGGUGGGGGCUUAGGUUUCAUCAUCAUCACCUUUCAUCAUUUCAUUAAUCAUCAAGAAACAAAAUACGUCAGACAUGGCUGUAUGGGCAUAGUUCCCUUUGCCUUACCCUUCGGGGAAAACAAAAACAAAAAAAAAAAAAAAAAAAGUAGUGUCAAAAUAAUAAACGGCAACGGUUGCUAGCGACGGCACGCCGAGGUAUUCAUCGAUUAAACUCAAACAUAAUAAAAGAACUUGAAUCAUUUUGUAUAUUAAAGUAGUAUUUUAGUUCCAUGACAAGUGACAAAUGCGAUAACUCAGUGAACUUUUAAAUUAAAAGCCAAAAUGUGGUCGGGCGUUAACACAACGUCAAAUUAACUGCAUGACUCAAUACCGAGAAUAACAAUGGGGAAGACACCGCUUUCCGGAUUAGCGGCGAUAUUAUUGUUUAUCAACGUGAGCGUGGGCGACCGAGGGGACUACAUCGGCUGCUAUAAGUUCAAGAUUGAAGAUCUGCUGAAUACGCACGCUGGGCAGUCUGUAGACGUGUGUUUGUCGGCAUGUGAGCAAGUGUACUACAAGUAUGCGGUGAUAGGCAACGAGAGCACCUGCUUCUGUGGCAAUGUUCCCGGAUACUUCAAGCUCCCUUUGGAGUCAUGCAAUACUCCAUGUCCGAAGAAUGAGACCCAGAUGUGCGGCGGCGAGAGCGGCGCGGCCAGCGUGUACGAUACCGACGUGUCGGCGCCGGGCGAGCCCGCCUCCCUCGAUGUUGUCAACGUCACCGAGACCACCGUCCGCGUGCGCUGGACACCUCCACAAGCUUACUCCCUCAUUACAGAGUACAUCCUCAGAGCUACUGUCGAAGAAACUUACGCCGACUUCGCCCUCAUCCCUCUAGAGUGGCGUAUUCCCAAUGACUCUCUUCAGUAUGAAAUGUUAAACUUACAUCCAGGGUCUACAUAUGCAAUAAGCCUGGCUGCAAAGAAUUUUGAUGAGGAAGGUCCCAAUAAGACCACAAAAGCUGAAACUAUGAUUGGUACACCAGAUCCAAGCCCACCAGACAUUGAGAUUAAGGAGAGACGUGGUGACAGAAUGUCUGUACAUAUACCUGAGGCUAGAAACAUUAAUGGACCUGUUUCUAUGUACAGGAUUGUAGUUUCCAUAGAACUGUAUCAACAGGGAUUUAUUGUGGAGACUUUAGGUAAUUAUUCCUAUGCAGAUGAGCAGGGUCUUCCCUACUACAUCACAGCAGAACUGGAUCCUGAUGACAUCAAGUCAGACUUUGUUAUUGGAGACAGAAGUACUUACAAUGGAUUUUAUAAUGCCCCUCUACCUUUGACUAAUGAUAUUGAUGUGUCUCUUGGUGUAGUUAGUGAGAAAGGUCACAUGAAGAAAAUCAGGUAUGCAGAAUCCACUAAGAAAAUUAUCCUUAACAUUAAUGAGCCUGAGGAAAUAUCCCCCAUGGUGGUGGCACUGGGAGCAGCUAUAGCUAUUGGGGUGGUCUUGCUUCUUAUUGGAGUGGGACUGCUUAUAAUUCUAAGAAAGAAGAUUCAACUGGCAAGGAUGCAGAGAGGUUCCCAGUCCAUGCCUCUGAGCCUCAGCGAACCAUGUAUUGAGAUAGAGAACUCUGGCUUCCUGCAGGAUGAAGAGGAAAGGGUAGACUAUUACGGCAAUCUGAAGAGAAAGCUGUGGAACAUCCCUAGAAAUCUCAUUGAUAUAGAUAUAUCCUGUGUUGUUGGAUUAGGCAGCUAUGGUAAAUUUACCAGAGGGAAAGUGCAGCAACAUGGAGCCCAAACUCCAGGGCUCGUGCAGGUAGUCGCUGACAGGGAGUUGGAAAGACCUGACAAGAAACUAAUGUUGCAGGAACUUGAUUUGUUAAUAAGAUCAAGUGAACAUGAGAAUGUAAUCUCACUCAUUGGAAUCUGUGAAACCAACACAACCCUAUUUGUAGUACUACAGGAAACUAAACAAACUCUUAAGGAAAUGAUGUUGCAGAGCAGGCAUAGAGACCUCCAAAACAAUAAAUUCUGUCUUGUGACUGAGAAUAGAAUUUUGCAAAUCUGUGUCGAUGUUGCUAGGGGCAUGGAGUACUUACAAAGUAAAAAAGUUUUGCAUAAACGUUUGGCGUGUCGCAAUAUCGUCAUAAGUGAAGGGGGGGUCGCGAAAGUGGCAGGUUUUGGGCUGUCCCACAUCAGACCACUGCAUGAGACUCCGGAUUACACGAGGUGGACUGCUCACGAGAUGCUGCGCCAGACAAGGUUCUACCCUAAGGCAGAUGUGUGGUCAUUUGGUGUGUUGAUGUGGGAAGCCUUGACGAUAGGAGCGACGCCGUUCUAUCACUCGGCAAAUAAGGACGUGGCAGCUAGGGUGUUGCGGGGGAUGCGUCCGUCGCAGCCCUCGUACGUCGGCGAUGAACUGUUCCAACUGUGCCUUCAGUGCUGGCAGGUGGACCCUGAGGAGCGGCCCUCGUUCUCCGGCCUGCUGCACGAACUGACGCCGUUCGCUCAGGGCCCCGGCACUCGCAGCCUUAGUUUUACUCACUAUAACGGCUUCAACUAUGAACCCCAUGUACCACAAUAUGAAGUCAUUUCAUAGUAUAUUUUUAAGUGUAACCAAAAGGAGAACUAUGUCGCAUUUAGUAUUAUGACAUGUUAUAGGUAACAUCCAAAGACUUAUUCAUAUUUUGAGUCAGAUAACAUUAUGCCAGUUAGAUUGUAGAUAGCUAUAUCUUGUAGGCCUGCAUACUUAGUAGUUGACAACAUUACUUCUGUUACCUUACUACCUAUGUUCCAUUUCAGUAUUCAUUCAUUUAAUAUGCUGUGCUCUUCAUUUUAAAACUAGCUGUAUCGUAAUUCAUAACUUUACGAAUUAGUUUAAAGAUAAAAUAACAGUUUGUAUGCCUUAAUAAGUAUAAUAUAACAAUCCAGUAAAGCAAUAAAUGGUAGUGAAUUAGUUAGGAAAUUUAAUAAUAUUUAAGUCAAAUAUAGUAUAAACGGCGACAACUUACACAUAGAUAGUAUUGUAAAAUAAUUAACCUCAUGUUACAAGUCACGCAGCUAGUUCAUAUAACGUAACAAUGGAUAUUUUUAGGACUAGUAUUAUAGUAAUAUUCGGCCUGUUAUAUUAUUCUGUUAACUGAUAAGAAUUGCACAUUUCAAAUGCGCAAAUUUUAUAUACCUACUGUAUAUUAUUUACGUGACAUAAGAGUACGUAACGAAACGCAGGGGAAACUGAAGGUAAUCCAUGCAGAAAAUUGAUUGUGUAAAAAGUACUUAAUUAAAGUACAUAUUUAGGCCUAAGUAAGACUCCCUGUACCUACCUAAUUUUAUACUAGUAACUUAAUUUUUCUGAAUUGACUAAUUCGACUAUACUAGCAAGCUUUAAAACUGACGUACUUAUAGUAUCUUAUAGUAUCUAUAAAAGAAAUUACUCGAAUCAUAAAGACAUGACAUCUAGAUUUUUUGUAAUUUAGUUUUAAAAUUAUUUGUCGUCGUCUUAAAGUGAAAAUCACGUAACAAAACCUCGCAAUAGACAAGCUAGUUUUAAUCCACCAAUCCUUUGAAAAAUAUCAGUAGAGCAGCAAGUGGAGUAUGAAAAACGUGCGAUGAAGAAAAACAUCGUGAGGGAACCUACAUUCCCGAGAAAUGCAUUUUCGGAGGUAUGUGACCUAACCUGUAUUGGGUUGGUUUUCCCUUCGCGGGUUGGAAGGCAGUCGCUUCUGUAAAAACCUUUGGGCCCACUGCUGGGCACAGGGUUAUAAAAAAAAGAUUUUUUUUCUAUUAAAUUUUCUGUUUGUGACUUUCCCUAAGCACGGGUGAGUAAUAAAAACAAAAAUCCUUUAAAUUACUUCAGAAUGUGUUUUCCCAAAAAGACGCUUACUUGAUUUUCACCAUAAGGCGACGCUAUGUAGGUAUGCAUUUAUUUGUAUAUGUCGAGUUUUAGUAUUUUUUGAAUUUAUGUAAUCGUGGCCGUCCAGAUUAUUUUCGUAUGAAUCUCACUGUCUCACCUACAUCACGCUGUAAAAGAAUAUUUUACAAGGAGAUGUUUUAUACAAUAAUUAAAUCUUAGUUUACGUAA